AACAAGGAUUUAUAGCCGAAAGACAAAAAUGAAGGAUUGAAAUUGAGUCGCAAUUCAGUAGCACCUGAACACGUAAAAGCGGAAGUUGUAAUGACUCACUAUCCGGAAAUACAUAUGUUUACUCACAAAAAAUAAAUUAUAGGACUUUACAACUACAAAAUGGGAACACUGAACAUAAAAUGGGAUCCAAGAAAUUUAGAAAUUCGCACAAAAUCUGUUGAAAAGACUCUGGAGCCAUUAGUAACACAGGUCACAACACUUGUUAACCAAAAAGGGCCCUCUACCAAAAAGAAGGGUCGGUCUAAGAAAGGCCAUGUGUUGGCAGCAGCUGUGCAGAGGGCCACCCAGAACUUUGUGGAGUCAGGAGAAGAGAUCGCCAAUGAGAACCCUGACGUUAAGGAAGACAUGCUGGCCGCAGUUGAUGAAGUUAGGUCUACAGGAGCAGCCAUGGGGGUUGCAUCAGAGGAGUUUGCUGCAGACCCAUGUUCCUCCAUGAAGCGAGGGGCCAUGGUGAGGGCUGCACGCUCCCUUCUGUCUGCUGUGACACGGCUGCUCAUCCUCGCAGAUAUGGUGGAUGUUCACCUACUGCUUAAGUCACUCAGAGUGGUGGAGAAUGACCUUGACCGGAUCCGUAACGCCUCGAGCCACCAGGAGCUGAUGGAUAGCUUUAAGGAGUUUGGCAAGAGUGUCGUAGAGCUUUCUGAACGGGCUGCACAGAGACAGGCGGACCUAAAGGAUCCCCGCCGCCGUGACGACCUGGCUGCGUCCCGGGCAACACUGAAGAAGAGCAGCAUGAUGCUUCUCACUGCCUCCAAGGCCUAUGUUCGUCACCCAGAGCUCGCUGCCGCCCGUGCCAACAGAGACUGGGCGUAUGAGCAGCUUUGUGACGCUGUGAAUACUAUCUCUGGGGUCGCGCAGGCUACCGGGCAGUCAAACGCUCACCCGUACGAGGGGGCAGGGGAGCUGGCUGCAGCGCUGGAUGAGCUCAUGCAAAAGGUGAUAAUGGAUCCACUGACAUACAACGAGGUCCGCAUGCGCCCCUCUCUUGAGGAGAGACUAGAGAGCAUCAUCAGUGGGGCAGCGCUCAUGGCGGACUCAGCUUGCACACGUGAUGACCGGCGCGAGAGGAUCGUACAGGAGUGUAACGCCGUGAGGCAGGCACUGCAGGAUCUGCUUACAGAGUACAUGAAUAAUGCGGGCAGGUCUGAGCCAAGUGAGGCACUGGAGAGGGCCAUAGACAACAUGCAGAAGAAGACAAAGGACUUGAGGAGACAGCUGCGUAAAGCGGUAGUGGACCAUGUAUCGGACUCGUUCCUGGAGACCAAUGUUCCUCUGCUGGUGUUGAUAGAGGCUGCCAAGGCUGGCGAUGAGAAGGGGGUGGAGGAGUAUGCAGGGGUGUUUGCUGACCACGCCUAUAAACUGGUCGAGGUUGCCAACCUGGCCUGCUCUAUGUCUAGCAAUGAGGAGGGAGUGAAGAUGGUGAGGCUGGCUGCAGCGGAGAUAGAGAAGCUGUGUCCACAGGUGGUGAACGCUGCCCGUGUGCUGGCAGCGCGGCCAAGGUCCAAGGUGGCACUGGAGAACAUGGACGUGUUCAAGGAAGCCUGGGAGAGCCAGGUGCGACUCCUCACGGAUGCCGUAGACGACAUCACCACCAUAGACGACUUCUUAGCGGUCUCAGAGAGCCACAUACUGGAGGACGUGAAUCGGUGCGUGUUUGCCCUCCAAGAAGGUGAUGCAGACACACUUGACCGCACAGCAGGGGCCAUAAGGGGCCGGUCAGCUCGGGUGUGCAACGUGGUUGCUGCGGAGAUGGACAACUAUGAGCCUGGACCAUACACUGACCGCGUCAUGGAGGCCGUGAUACUGUUGAGGGACCAGGUGAUGCCCAACUUUGCCGAGAAGGUGGAGCUGGCAGUGGACGCUCUAUCUCAGAAUGCACCAGAGAGGAUUGAUGAGAACGAGUUCAUAGACGCGAGUCGUCUUGUGUACGAUGGAGUUCGAGACAUACGUCAGGCAGUACUCAUGAACAGGGCUCCAGAGGAGCUGGACACGGACACAGACCUCGAGGACGAGGCAGACCACUAUGACACACGCUCCAAAUCGAGCUACCAGACAGAUGUAGAUGACAUCCAUGGCAAGUCAGACCGGGCAAUGAUGAGGGCUCUCCCAGCCGAGGAGAGGGAACAGAUCCAGGCCCAGUUCGAGAUGUUCCGAGCGGAGAAACAGAAGUUGGACCGCGAGGUCGCCAAGUGGGAUGACAGUGGCAACGACAUCAUCGUCAUGGCGAAAAAGAUGUGUAUGAUUAUGAUGGAGAUGACAGACUUCACAAGAGGUCGCGGCCCUCUGAAGAGCACAAUGGAUGUGAUCAACGCAGCCAAGAAGAUUUCUGAAGCAGGAACCAAACUGGACACACUGGCCACAAAGAUUGCUGACCAGUGCCCUGAUUCGGCCUCUAAGAAGGACCUGCUAGCCUACCUACAGAGGAUUGCCCUGUACUGCCAUCAGCUGAACAUCACCAGCAAGGUGAAGGCUGAUGUACAGAGUGUCGGAGGGGAGCUCAUCGUCUCCGGGUUGGACAGUGCCACGUCUCUCAUCCAAGCAGCCAAGAACCUGAUGAAUGCUGUUGUCCUCACGGUGAAGGCCUGCUAUGUUGCUUCUACAAAGUACAAGCAAGCUGGCAAGAAAACAAUCGUUGCAUGGAAGAUGAAGCCCCCAGAGAAGAAGCCUUUGGUGCGUAGAGAGGAAGGGCGGGACUACGGGCGCAUCAGCAAGUCAGCCGGCAAGAAGAACAUCGAGCCAAUCAAAGCACUGAGUGACUUCCAGGAAGUGGACAAAGACAGUUUCUGCUGAGUCAUCGUGCUUGGCAGUGUGCCAAAUGUGGCUGAGUGAUGUCAUUAUGCUUGACAUGUGACAAGAUCUUGAUAAAAUUGAAUAGGGUGCUGCAUGUAUCUAAUUCUUUGAAUCUCUGCUUCCACACUACUGCUAAACGAAUAAAAGAAUAUAAAUAAAGUGAUCAGCAAGGAAGAGAUCAAUUGGAAAGUGUUUUCAAAUUAAAAAAAACUGGAUUGAAUAAAAUUAAAAUAUGUAAAAUAUUCUAUGAAGCUCCUUUCAUGUUUACUUUUAACCCUUUCAGUGCGGGAACCGGAUUUUGAAGGCCUUUGCAAACAGUUUGGAUCCAGAUGAGAUGCCACGAUCCAAACUGUUUGCUAUUCUGAUAGUGUUCUUUGAAAAAAAUCGAAGAAAAUGCUAAUUUUAGAAAUUCAGCAGGAGACAUUUUAGCAGACGACAAAUUUCCCAGCAUGCAAAGGGUUAAGCAGCACUCUGUAUCUGACUAUUCUGAGGUAUUAGCAAUAUUUCACUGUUAAAAACUCAGUUUGAAAAUGUGGUAGUGGAACAAUUCUGCAAAGUCAUUGUAAUAGCUGCAGUCAGUGUAUGUAACAUUUAAUUAUCCUGUAAAUUCGUUUGCAUUGUAAAUAUUCAACAUAGUUUUGUAAUUUUCAUCAAAAAGUGUUUUUUUUUCUCUGCAGAACUGAUUACUGUCGAACUUUUCUUUGUCGGGUUUUAGGAGAGAACAACUUUAUAACAUGGAUGGCGUGUUUAAGUCUCAAAAUAUAUAUGAAAUCUUCAUAGGGAAACAUAUUAUAUUCAUAUUUAAGAAUGAUUUCCACAUUGGUUGAAUUGCAUAUCUAUUCAUAAACCUGGUUUUAGCUAUUGAUCUGUGUUUUACAUAUGAAACAAAAGGCAUGUAAAUCAGUAGUUUGUUUCAUUAAAUGUAUGUAUGCAUGACCAAUAUAUUUAUUACCCAGCUAGAUCAUACUUUCGUGCCAAUUUUUGGAACUUAAAAUAAUUAAAUUGGUUAAUGAUAAGGAUAUGUCCAAACUUGAGUUUUGCGGAUAGGCAGAUUUUAUAAAUUGGAUUUAGAGUGGAAUCUAACAUACCAUUUAUGGUGGAAUACCAAUUGUUUAUUGACAUAAUGGAAACUUGUAUAUAUUUAAGACAAAUGAUAAAAUUGUUAAAUUGUUGCAAAAUAAGUUAAAAAAUAAGAGCAGUAAUCUAAACAUGUUUAUUGAUGUACAUAUUCAUGCUUCCAAAGCUUCAAAAACAAUAUACAUGUAAUGUCUUCCUGUUUGUUAUUUAUUGUUUCCAUGGUUAUUAAACCGUUUCCAUUUUGUAGCAAGUAUAGAGUUUUAGUGAUCCAUUGUGGUUUCAUGUUUACUGUAGAUAUACUAUGUAUAGCUUUUUUUUUAAAUUAUGCUUUUAUGAUUUGUAUUAACAAUUUCUACAACAUUUCCUAUCUUGGCAUAUACAUAUCUUAACUUGAGAAAAAUGAUUGAAGCAUGAUUUAGUCAGAAUGUUGCUUAUUUGUGUCUGUAUUACCGGUAAUCAAGUCGAGAGUCAGGUGUGUAUUGCCAGUUAACAUUUGAGCUUUGUGUGUGCAGAGUUGUUUAACAAAUUAAUAAUUAUGUAUGAACAUUUACAUAUGACUCUGAAAGUAAAUAUUAUUUGUAUUGGAUAUAAUAUUUGUUGUGAAAAAAUUUACUUGUAAGUGUGAUUUAUUUGAAAAUAUUUGAUAUAUUUUACUAUCAUAUCAAUGAAUUUAAAAGGUUGUUGAUUUUUACUCUAAAAUUGGCUUGUUUUUUUCUAAAAAAAUCGACUGAAUCUCAAUAGAUCCUGUGUAUUUCAUUGCAUUCUGUCUCUUGAAUUUCAGUAAAAUGACUUAGGCUUUUUGUAUUUGAGGUUGUGAUAGCUGUUCAUUAUACAUUAACAUUUAUUUUGUAAAAAGAACAUCAUAUUUUCUAAAAUAAAUGGUUGUAAACUCUA